AGUCUUUUUGAACCCAGAAAUAUUUAAAUAAAACAGUCACUUUUUGUAUUGCGAUUGCUCGAGAAAUUCCUAUACAAAAACUAUUGUUUUGUUGCUUUCCAAAGGAUGGUUCGGUGGUUGAUCUUACUAGUGCAAAGGCUAGAUCAACAAGGUGCUUCAUUGUAUCCUAUGCGCAUUUUGGGUUAUUCUUAUUAGAGUUCUACAUUUAAUUUUAUUCUUAUCAGAGUUCUACAUUUAAUUUUGAGAGAGUUUUGAGUUCUAUUGUAUCUGGAGGAUUUUAAAUCCUUAAGGAAAGUGAGAUCAUGUCUCAGAACAAUUCUUUUAUUCUUCUGUUAUUUAAUAUUUCUUAACAAUCUUAAGGGUUUAAAAUACCUUAUGGCUCUUUCUAUGAACGCCAACAUCAAGUUGUUGAAUCCAGAUGCAAUCAGAUUGGAUAGGUUCGAUGGCACCAACUACAUGCGUUGGAAGGAUAAGAUGACUUUCCUACUAACAACAUUGAAGGUGUCAUACGUUCUUGAUCCAAAAUUGCAACCUGUCCAAGCACCGAAGGAAAAUGAUUCUGAAGCAGUGAGGAAUGCAAGACUAAAGCGUGAAGAAGAUGAACUCAUAUGUCAUGGACACAUUCUGAAUUCUCUCACUAAUAGACUUUAUGAUCUGUAUCGCAACAUGUCUUCUCCUCAAGAAAUUUGGAUUGCUUUGGAAAAGAAAGACAAGCAUGAAAAGAAAGGUACGAACAAGUUUCUUGCACUUAAAUAUUUUGAGUUUGAAAUGAAAGAUGACAUUUCCAUCAUGGAUCAAGUGCAUGAAUUACAAACUCUGGUAUCAAGAAUGUCAGAGUUGGAGAUAAAGAUUCCAGAUUCACUUCAAGUGGGGGCAAUACUUUCAAAACUUCCUCCAUCUUGGAAUGAUUAUAGGAAAAAGGUUCUGCAUUCAGAUGAAAUUCUGACUAUGGAACAGAAUAGUGCAAGGAACUUUGGUUUUGGCACUAGUGCAGAAACAAGCAACAAGGCAAAUUUGAUUGAGCAUGAAUUGGUUGCAAUGGUUUCUGAUAUGCAAGUCGGGAUGGUGACUGAAUUGAACAUGGCAAAUCCAACCAAGUCUAUGGAUUGGUGGCUAGAUUCUGGUGCAACAGUUCAUGGGUGCAAUAACAAAGCACAAUUCAAGUUUUAUGAAGAUUUGAAGGAACUAGAGGAAGUGCUUAUAGGAAACAAUUUCACGGCAAAAGUUCUAGGCAAAGGCACAGUGGAAUUAAGGUUUACUUCGGGCCACAAAUUGACCUUGGUUAAUGUUUUCCAUGUGCCUGAUAUUAGAAAGAAUUUGGUGUCUGUAAAUCUAUUGUAUAAAAGGGGCUUGAGGGUUGUCUUAGAAUAAGACAAGGCCAUUAUAUCAAAAAAUGGCAACUUUGUGGGGAAAUGUUAUUCUUGUGAUGGAAUAUUCAAAUUGAGUAUUAAUGAAAUAUAAUGUUUCUG